UGUGAGCACUGCACAACUCAUGUGAGGACUUGACUGUGUUUAGUGGAUCAAUAAUUUUUACUAUUACCAAUUAAUUAAUUAUUAUAUUUAUAUCCUGAAUCAAUAAAUACCCCACUCUGGUUACUCCCCUUUACAAGUGAGAGAGAUGGGAUGGACAUUUGGUUGGGCGAUGUGGGAGCUUUCAACAUGGCCACAAACGUUGGCGUCGUUCAUAAGUCCUCGGUGGUCCCCACGGCGGUUGUUGAGGUGGUCGGGGAUGAUGAGCGUCUCCAUUGUGGACGAGUUCCUGUGGGGAGUGGUGACGGCGUUCGAGUCCGUGGCUCUUGUCUCCAUGCUCUGUUUCUUCUUCUUGUUCUGUGGCUGUACCAUCUGAUCACAACCCCUUCAUCUUUAUGUUCUUUUUUUUUUCUAGUGCAAAUUUUGCCCAACUACAAAGGUAGCGCCUCAAGGUUCAAUUUUUUUGCUGCUUCUCGCUAAAUUAUAAUCUUUUUUUUUUUCUUCUGGGAUUUUCUUUUCAAUGUAGCUCUAAAUUGAGCAUAUUUUAGCUCCUUUUCUGUAUGUAUAAAAAAGGAGUGAAGAAGUAAAUGGCGUUUGGAAUUGUUCCGUUCCUCAUAUUCUA